AAGAGUGCCAGACGUGGCCGGAAGGCAGCGGAGCUGAGCGCAAAACUGAGAGUGUUCGGAAAUUGGAAGACUUGGUGGCGAAAGAGGGUCAGGACUCAGAUCCCACCUCGGAGAGUGGGCGACGUGUCCGGGAUGUGGGAUCGGAGGCUGGUGCGGUUGGCCGUUGUACAGCAGCUUCGGGCUGUUUAUGGCAUUAAGGUCAAGGGUGGCCGUGGGCAGUGCGAUCGCAGGAGACCGGAGACAGCAGCCACGGAAAUCGUGGGUAAACUGUUUGGAGUACCUUUUAAUACAUUGCCCCAGUCUGUUGUUCCAGAAUAUGGACAUAUUCCAAGUUUUCUUGUUGAUGCUUGCACAUCUUUAGAAGAACAUAUUCAUACAGAAGGGCUUUUUAGGAAAUCAGGAUCUGUUAUUCGUCUAAAAGCACUAAAG